GCAUUCUUGUCGUGGGUCAACUUGUAUUGCUUCCCCAGUUUCCCGCCAUUUGACAUGUUGAAUGCCUACAUCUGCUCUUGUGAGAUGGACAAGAGAACAUUAUGCGACUUGUAGGAGGGGCAGCAUCAGUAUUUUAGGUAAUGGUUUACCAUAACGCGCUUCUCGAUGCGGUGCUUGUGCCAGCGGGUCUGCUGUUACUUGCGUCGUAUCAUGUCUGGCUGCUCGCUCAAAUAAAGCGCAGACCUCUCGCCACUGUCUUUGGCGCUGCUCACGCAAACCGUCGCACUUGGGUGCAGUGCGUGAUGAAGGACAGCAACGCCACCAAUGGCAUGCUGGCAGUUCAAUCUCUCCGAAACUCCAUCAUGGCGUGUGUCUUACUGGCUUCCACGUCAGCUAUUGGUGCAGUUGCAAUCGCUACAAUCCUUACCAGUAUCCGCCUUGACAACCUUCAAGAAGCUCUGUCUUCUCUGACCAUUGGAUCAGCCUCAUCUGACCUGCUGCUUCUGAAAGUCUUUUGUAUAUUCCUCUGCUUCCUCUUCGCAUUUCUGUGCCACACCCAGGCCAUCCGAUUCCUCAGUCAUGUGAAUUUCCUUAUCACGAUCCCCAUUGAUCCUGUGACUUCUCCUGGUCUCUCAAUCGCGUAUGUGCAAAGAGUUCUUGCACGAGGAGACAACUUCUUGACCGUGGGCAACCGCUCAUUCUACUUCCUUCUCCCUCUUGCUCUUUGGUUCUUUGGCCCUAUUCCGAUGUUCCUCUCAUCCGUUAUUAUGGUGGCUGUACUCAGCAUCUCAGAUUUUUCGCGUGAUUUUCUUGUCAUCCUUACACCCGAGGCCCUAACACGACAGGAUCCAUAAAUCAGCGUGGAUGUGCUCAGUGUCUGUGCUUAUCUGGUGCAUCUGCAGGAUGUAUACAUGUGACGCAUACGUUUUUACAAGGUUGUACAUGAUUGCUCCACACAGGUGUAGAUGGGUAGUCACAUUGGCUGAUGACUAACAAGGCCAAUGCGGAUUUGUUUUUAUAUGGACCAUGUCUUACUCUGGAUCUAUGCUAACAGCCACCACCAACAGCAGUACUCUGGGUAUGUGU